AUGCUUGGUUCAUCACAGUCAUUAGCUGUAGUUAAUACUUAUCUAAAUACAGCAAUUGCUGAGUCUCUUGGAUAUUUCGCAGACAGACUCGAAAAAACAAAAGAUGUCGAAGCAGAAAAACAGAAAAUCAUUGAAGACACAAUUACAGAGCAUGGAAGAAUCAUUUUCAAUGGAAACAACUACUCUGAUGAAUGGAUUGAAGAAGCCAAAAAGAGAGGAUUGCCAAUUAUCAAGAAUACAAUUGAGGCAAUCGAAGCAAUUGUUAACAAGAAGAACAUUGAUUUGUUUGAGAAGAUGAAAGUAUAUUCUGAAGCUGAAUGCCAUGCAAGAUACGAAGUUCGUGUAGAGAACUACAUCCAGUCUGUUUCUAUCGAGGCUGAAACAUUGUUACAUAUGAUGAAGAGAGAAAUUAUUCCUGCAAUUAUCGAAUACACAGGAAAAGUUGCUGAUUCCUUCAAUAAGAUAAAGAAAUCUGGCUUCAACAACAAGACAUUGAAUAGCACAAUAUCUAUUCUUAAUAAUUCAAUCGAAACUAUUGAUAGAGAUGUCAAGAAAUUGGAAGAACUCACUGUUGAAAUUGCAGAUCAUCCAAAUAACAAAGAAAAGGCUGAAUUCAUGUACAACAAGAUCAUUCCACAAAUGAUUGAAAUUAGAAAGAAUACUGAUGAAAUAGAAACUAUUGUUGGAAAGGAAGACUGGCCUAUUCCAACUUACACACAAAUUCUUUACACUCUUUAA